CCCUGUUGCCGGCCGCUGUGUCGCCAAGUGCCUCCCUGCCCUUCGCUCAGGCGAUGGCAGCGAACUCGUCGCAGACACAGAGAAACCCAACCACCACAAACUUGCAGAACACACUCAUGACACACGCCGGCUUGUGGCCCUUUGUCGGUUCUUCAUCGUCUUUUUCCAUUCGGUAGAAGCGCCGCAUGUCGUCGGCCUUGACCUCCCUGUUGCGUCUGCCGUAGGGAUCAACCACCGUGUGCGUCUGGAAGGCCUUGUCAUCGAACAUCCUGACAGCCACACAGACACAGGCGGGAUCAAUGGGGGCGAUGGAUGGACUGAUGGAUUGGUGCGUGUUUUGUACCUGUGGAAUCUGUCAUCGAUGAGGGUCCUCCUGGUCUUGAGCGGCGCCUUCUUGAAGCGCGGGUUGCUGGACGGAUCAAACCGGGGAUCCAUCGCCAUCACGACAACGCAGUCCGCAGACCUGAUG